AUGAAGUUCAAUUCUCAACGCCUUCAUGUUUGUAUUUUACUUUUUGGUACCGCCUUGGACCAAGCUGCUGGAAGCCAGGAUCAGAGUCCAACCGUCAGAAUUGGGGCUGGCUACGUGAUCGGCAGCGCCUGUCCAGACUCGCCCGCCGACUUAUUCCAGAGAAUUCCAUAUGCUCAGCCGCCCGUAAAGCAGCUUAGGUUCUUGCCUCCCGUUGCAUUUAAUGGUACUUAUAGCCGCGGCGUUUUCCAAGCUACAAAAGCUCCCGCUCCGUGCAUCCAAUUCGGCCCGUAUAGCACACGCGUCCCACCAUCAGAGGACUGGUAA